AUGGCGGUAGCAGUUACUGCUGAAGCUCCAGACAGCGACAAGGUGUUCCAUGACACCGUCUUCAUGGAAAAAAACAAGCAUAUCUCCGACCAGUGGGUUCGCAUUGCCGAACUGUACCCAGACGGCAUCAGCCAGCCUCUCCUUCCAGCGGAAUUUUCCCGUGAGCAGUUCGGACAGGGCAAUCACUACGAAUGCUUCAUGCUCACAGCCCUGUCCACUCUGGUGCGUUUCCCCAGCGUAAUCCAGAACUGCUUCGUCUCCAAGCACGUUCGACGUGACGGGCGUUACACGUUCCAGUUUUUUCGUGGCAGGGAGUGGGUGAAGGUGGAGAUUGACGACCAAAUCCCACUGGAGGGGGACGGGGAGCUUUACAUUCGCUCGCCCACGGGGUACUGGUGGCCCCUGCUCCUUGAAAAGGCCUAUGCAAAGUUUUAUACCGGCUACGAGAAUCUUGAGGGCUGCACACUGCAGGAGACGUACCACGACCUGACUGGCAAUCCCGUGCUCAACAUCCCCAUUGACGCGAAGCUUGCCAAGGCCGCUGGAGCGGACGUAACGGAGGGCCACUACUGGCUGGAUUUGGCGCUGAAGAUUCAAUCCGGACAGUUCGUGGCCUCUGUAUUAACCAAGGACAUGGAGACUGAGAGUAUGGGUAUUCAGCGCGAGCAGCAGUAUGGUGUGCUCGAGAUCUUUUCGAUGACAGGCACAUCGUCUGUGAACGACAUUGUUAUCCAUUUGCACAAUCCCUUCGAGGAUGAGGAGUUCAUCUACACAGGUCCCCUGAACAGCAAGGAUUCACAGUGGACGCCCAAGUUACGCGCCAAAUACGGUGUGGACGAUGAACGCUCCCUCUUUCUUCCACUCAGCACAUUUAUGAAGAUUAUUAAUUCCAUGCAACUGUGCUAUGUUUCCACGAUAGAUGGCGAUGCCACAUACUUUGAUGACGAAUGGAAAGGUGAGACCGCAGGCGGUAACCCCACAUGUGUUACAUGGCGCAAAAAUCCCCUAUAUAGUGUCAGAAACACUGGAAAAAAAUCGCUGCGGCUCGUGGUGAUGAUCAAACAAGAGGAUCAACGACGGUUUAUUACUAGUGUUGGUAAGUUGAAAUACCUUCAUUGCGAUGCAAUCGUUGUUCAAAAUACAAGUGCCAAUGCAAUACCCACCCAUAUCGUCACUGGCAACAACCACAAGCCCAUUUGCAAGAGCUUGUUUCUGAAUUCUCGUGAGGUGGCGAAUGCCAUUACGGUUCCCCCUAAUUCUCUAUGUUAUCUUGUGCCCUCAUGCAUGUCAAAGGGAUCUGAAUCAAAAUUCACCAUUGCCCUGUAUCGCAUGGUUGGGGAAGAGUACAGCAGUCUCACGAUCAAAAAGCUUAGCGUUCCCGAGAUGGAUUGGGACCAUCCUACUGAGGGGCACGUGGAGUUGGAGCAAAAGGAAAAGGAUCGUGUGGACUUCUAUGUUGACCAAGAAACCGACGUCCACAUACUGAUGCAUCAGGAAAAGCCGUAUUCCAGUGCGACUGGCGGCGAUGCCAUGGCCCAGGACUAUAUGGGCAUGUACCUGUACGACGACGCGGACCGCAAAAUUGGUGGUGUGCACGCUGCAACAAACUUCAGGGAAACAGGCAUCGUCUAUCACCUUCCCCGAAGCGGCCGCUACGCUCUCUCCGUCACAUGUCCACGUGCGAAGGGAAAGGUGCCCGCGCUCAUCACGAUUGUCGCCUCCUAUUCAGCCAACAGUCGUCUCGUCGAAGCCCCAGAGGAUGCAGGCAUGUUUGAAGAUGAGGACGAUGACAUCGACGAGGGAGAGGAGUCUGCGGCACGGAAUAACCCCAUCGACUACAUGCCCAUCAAUAUGCCUCCGUCAAAGAUUACGGAGCUUCCUGACAGCACAACGCCGUUUGAGGACAAGCGGUUUAUGGUCGACAACAAGAUUAUCACGAAUGAUCCAUGGAUCCACAUUGGUGACUUGUAUCCGGAGGGCAAGACACUGCCGCUUCUUCCCGAUAAACUUAGCCGUGACCAGUUUGAGCAGGGCGAGCACUUCGAGUGCUGCUGCCUGACGGCCUUCGCGACACUUGUGGAUCACCACCCCGAUGUACUCCGCAACGUGUUUGUGACAAAGGAGGUGCGAAAGGAUGGUCGCUACACCUUCCAGUUUCACAGGUAUGGCCAGUGGGUGAAGGUCGAAAUCGACGACCGUAUUCCGCUGACGAAGCAGCAGGCCUUGUUCUGCCGCUCCCCCACACGGCACUGGUGGCCUCUGCUGUUGGAGAAGGCGUGCGCCAAGUUCUACACAUUGUACCAGAACCUCGAGGGGUGCACACUGCAGGAGCUGUACUACGACUUUACUGGUUGUCCCGUGAUGAACAUUCCGACCGACCUGAAACUCGCGAAGUCUGCCAUGUAUUCAGUUGACGACCCGGAGUUUUGGCUUGACCUUAAUGAAGAUUUGAAGAACUGCGCCUAUGGAGCUACUGCACGUUCAGGGAUCGGAAGCAAUUUGGGAAUUCAAGAAGACCAGACGUAUGGUAUUCUUUCUGUCAUCUCCACAAGAAAUUCGGUUAGCCCCGAGCUUUCGGACUUGUUGGUUAUGAUUUACAAUCCGUUUGUUGAGGCCGUCUACACGGGUCCUAUGAACAAUGAGGAUAUACGUUGGACCCCGGAAUUGCGUUCCAUGCACUCUCCUGAGCAACGGGAUACAAUCUACAUGCCCGUUGGUAUGUUUCUUGAGACUUUUUCCAGCAUAGAGAAAGUUCUGAUUCGUGGUGUGGCGUUACCUGGCUGGCAUUUCAACAGCGAGUGGGGUGAGGGCACGAAUGGCGGCAACCCUACUCUUGUGACAUGGCGCGAGAAUCCACUUUAUGUGGUGCGAAACAAUUCUGAGGAGCCAUUGCAGAUCAUGGCCAUGAUUGGUCAGCCGGACCAACGACACAAGCUUCACCUAUUGCCACAACAGGAGUUAGAUUAUAUUCAAUGCGGUCUGGUGCUCUCGCAGUGCACAUCCAGCAGCCACCUGGCGACCUAUUUGGUGACCGGCAACAACCACCGAAUUGUGCACAAGGGUCUUUUUAUUGACUCCCGCGAAUCGGCAAACCUUGUUACGGUGCCUCCCAAUUCUCUCUGCUAUCUUGUUCCGAGUGCCAUGUUUCGCGAAAAGAGCAAAUUUUUGCUUUCGUACUGGUACCAGAAGCCGGCUGAUGAGAAGCAAAUGAAGCUUGUGCGACUGAACGUUGACGUUGCGCGUCACCUUCCUGCCAUUGAGCAUCUCGAGUUGAGGAGCAGGGAGAAGGACCGUGUGGACUUUCUUGUUGAUGUUCCCACCGACAUCCACAUUCUUCUGCAGCAGGAGAAGCCGUUUAGAUCGUCCAAUGGCGGUGACGCGAUGGCCGAGGAUUUCAUUGGCAUCUAUCUUUACGACGGCGAGGACAAGCGCAUUCAAGGCGUUACAUCAGCGACAAACUACCGCGAGAUGGGCAUUGUGCAUCAUCUCCCUGCCUCUGGCCGGUACGCUCUCUGCGCCACGUGUCCGCGUGGCAAUGGCGUUGUGCCGUGCAAGGUGGAGGUUGUCGGUGUGGAGUCGGCA